CGCCAGCCGCCCGUGCCGUACCAACCGGGAGUGCUAUUCUCUUAAAUCUCGUAAACUUUGUUUUUGUCAUUUUUAGUACGAGACUAACAUUGGAACCAUUAGAUUUCUGCUGAAGAAGGAGAAAGUCGGAAAAUCUGCGGAUACGUCAUAGCCUCUUCAACAAUCCUGACUGCAUCGAAAAAACCUCGGGGGAUGCGAAAUCCGGUGGGCGAUGACAAGAUCAGCAUGGGGGUCGAGGUUUUUCCUCACAAUGGCGAUGAUCACGAUCGUUAUCGCCAAUUAUCAACGGCAUCGCGACAAACUUCAUCUGCGCGAGCAGCUCGUUAAUGGUCACAAAGCCAUCAGGAAUAUCACUCAAUUGCAAGAGGAGAUAAUAGCCAAUCUGCCUCCUUUACGAAUUCCGCGUUUGAGGCAUCACCGUGUCACAGACUGGGAUCCCUAUUUCGAGAAUGCGGACGGCCAGGGUAUCAAUGGCCCGCAAAAUGUGGCGUUGCAUCUCGGUGCGACCGCUUUUCUCGAUUGUCGCGUCGCGAUGCUCGCUGGAAAGAAGGUCAUGUGGAUACGACGCAACACCGAGUGGGCAUCCCUCCUAACUCUUGGUAAUACUACUCACACAUCGGAUUCAAGGUACAGCAUGAGCUUUCAAUAUCCAAACAAUUGGAGAUUAGCCAUCACCGGUGUGCGAAGGGAAGAUCAUGGCGUAUAUGUCUGUCAAGUGAAUACGCAUCCGCCGAGAAUGCUGGUCACGAACGUCACUGUUCUUGCACCGGAUAUUAGAAUUAUUGACGAAGCGAAACAUGAGUUGCGGGACCGAUAUUACAAGACCGGAAGUGGUAUUGAGCUGGCGUGUGUCGUCCGACCAUCUUGCCCCGACUCGAGAGUACCGUAUCCCGUCUGGCGGAAAAAUGGCGAGACGUUACCGGAUCACGUCAACGUUUAUCACAUUAAUGGAUCGAGCGAGGACGUGGUGACGAGGCUCUAUAUCGAACGAGCGAAAAAGACUGAUAGCGGCGAAUAUACGUGCUCAGUAAGCCAAUUCAGCACGAUCGCGGUACACAUUCAUGUCCUAAAUGGUGAAAAACAAGCUGCUGUUCAUCAUGAUCAGUGGAAUGCAGCCUGUAUCAAUUGUCACGCAAUUAUUACUGAGUUCUGCGCUCUGUUCAUCAAUUUUCUUUUUUACAUGUGGCAAAGUUAUUAUUAUUCUGUAUAAAGCAUUCUUUAUUAUAACUGCCAUUAUUAUAAGUUUGUAUUUUAUAAAACACACACACACACGCACUGUUUGUACCAAAUAUUUUCUGUCUUUCGAUGAUACUUUCGUAAUAUCUUUUUCGACAAUGUAUUUUGAUGUCAAUAUGUAUUUUUGUUUAAUAUACAAUAAUAUUAUAAAUGCACCCUGUUAAAUAAAUCUGUGUCAGUAUUAUAUGAGAGUAUAAAUGAA